UCGUGUUUGUAUAUGCCACUGCCAUGCGUAUGAAUGUCAAACUGGUGAAUAAAGAGGGUUUAAAUAGUUUGCCGUGGUGUCCGUGGUAGGCAAUAUUGUAAAUAAUCAGAAUCGAUUGAUAUUGUUAAUAUUUUUGAAUUGUACGUUUUUCUGUUUGACGGUGCAGUCGUUAAAUGACACCCUGCUGAAAGAACGUGAAUGUACCCUAUUAGCUAAGCAGCUAAUAUUUGUGGACACCCACAUCUACUCCCGCAGGUAAAUGUGAUCUUUUGACUUUGUCUGAAGAACUGAGGAGCCAUGGUCCAUCUUUCGUCAAUGUUGCUGAAGAAGUACCAUGGUGGGUACGUGGUCAUCCGAAUGACUCUGGGUGGGGCCACCAACCGGCCGUUCUACCGCAUUGUGGCGGCGUACAACAAGAGGGCGCGGGACAGCAAGUACAUAGAGCAGCUGGGCUCGUACGACCCACUCCCCAACAUCCACAACGAGAAGCUGGUGGCCUUAAACUACGACCGCAUCAAAUACUGGAUCGGCUGUGGAGCACAUCCCACCAAACCUGUGGCUAAACUCUUAGGGCUGGCAGGCUUCUUCCCGCUUCACCCCAUGACGGUGACUGAGGCGGAGCGGAGGAGGAGAAAGGCAGAACUGGAAGCUGCCACCGCCGCCGCUACUGCUGCUGCUGCCGCAGAGGAGGCCACAGAGAAACAGCAAGAGCACUAGAAUGCCCCCUGACCGGCACCACAGCCAGACUACAGGUGUAAAUCAUUCAUUUCCUCAAACUCUCGUCGUUUUGUCCUCUGUCCUACGACCUUGUACCUUUGUUGUCGACUUUGGUAAAGUCAGUUUUAUAUUGGACAUUCGUUUAACAUUGAAUAUAAGCCCUUGGGCACAUAAGGACAUUCAUCUUUCAUGUUUCAUAUUUGGUUUGACCACAAAGAUUAUUUUUCACACAUAUCACAUUUGUGUGGAAUGUUAAAUGUCCAAUAUGAAACUGAGGGCCGAAAACGAGGGCCGAGGUCUGAGGACGGAGGAUAGGAUGCGAGUUUGGGGAAAUAAAUUGCACCCAGUGACUCCUCUGCAGGGACUAGUGACUAUGAGUGCGUUCCAAUAUGCAACUUUGCGUCCUCCACUUGUGCUUGUGGCCUCGUACCAGGAAGAACAGCAUUAUAUUUCAAUAUCUCGCAAAAGCUCAAAUGUAAUGUCACUUUCUCAUUUGCAAGCUGGAUGGUGAAUGAAGAAUUGUCCCCCAAAAAUUGUUUUGGCUAGGCUGAUAGCCGGGAAACUUUUAUUAUUUUCUCCACGGAGGAGGGGGCAGAAGACAGGGCGAGGCCACAAGCACAAGUGGAGGACACAAGGUAGCAUAUUGGAAUACACUCUGUGUUUCCUUAUAAUGCUCCUCUGAGGUGGAGCUUUCCUAAGAACUCUUGACUCGUGUACUGAGUGUGUUUCGUCACCCUGACACCUUUGACCCUCUUACCUGUGUCUGCAAGGGACGCGCAUCAGAAAACAUUGGGUGUCAUGGAAACGUCUUCAGUUGGAAGAAACUCACUAUUGGCAUUUGUGUGUCGUCAUUCAUAUUUUUGUUCAAUAUUUUGUGUGAAAAGGAAGUGUGGAAUGAAAGAGGAAGUAAAUAAAAAGGUGAUCAAGUU